AUGGAAUCGAAUUUGUCUGCUGAUCUAGUUAAUAAUCCGAACUUUGAGGUUACUGAAGUAAAUGGAAGUUCGGCACUUAGUAUUGAUUUUUUUUCGUCACAAUAUCAUCGAGACUUAAUUGGACACUAUUUCAUGGGUAUCGUAACGCUCACAAUAUCCUGCAUUGGAUUGGUUGGGAAUGUGUUGUCAAUUGGCGUCCUAACUUCAAAAUACAUGAGAGGAACCACUACAAAUCUUUACUUGAUUGCUCUUGCUGCCUCUGAUUCGAUGAUGCUCUUUUUUGCAACAUUGGUCGCGAUACGCGAUGCCAGGAGACCCAAAUAUGGUGUGGCCGUGUGGCAAUUAUGGGAUGACGCAUCUUUUGUUCCGCGUCUUUACCCAAUAUGUCAUGCAUUCGCUCUACUCUUUCAGCAUGAGGAAGAAGAGGGUUCACUCGAAUUAGACACGAACUAA